AUGAACUCCGAUGAGGACAUAGAACACGCGUUACAUCGCUGGCUGACCGGACAAGUGCCUGAUCACUAUGUCACGCAAGUAUUUGGACCCCAUAUGCUGCAGCGGUGGCAGGCAAUGCUUGUCAGCAUAGUGGAGGAGAGUGACAUCCCGAUCGUCCACGACGAGACGACCCUACAACCUCGACCGUGGUCCACCAACAUGCACCCCACCCGCUACAUCGACGGCAUCGCCAAUCAAGAAGAUGGACUCAGCCAGUCAGUCAAUCGGUUCAGGCAACACACUAUACGGGCCAAACUCCUACACCAAUCUAGACUACGACCCUUGGAGAUGGAGUACCAACACAGCCUGGGCAUGAAUUACCUGACGGACGUAGAAAUCACACCUGGCCGACAAGCUCAAGCAACCACAACUGCCAACAACUGCCCCAGGACCAUCGCUCCAGCUACCACCGCACAAGAACACGCCAGUCAGUUUCACAGAUGGUAUCCCACUAGACAGGCAGUCCCACCGGACCAGGCCACGGGUAUGUUCAUGCAACCAACUGACGAGCACAAUCCAGUCCGAGAACUCCAGACAUGGCAUACUGUUUGGGACAAGAAGUUGAUCCACAACGGACUUCCCAACAUCAUGAUCACGGUCAUCUUCUUCCAGUACUACCAGUUGAUCAACUUGAACCAGGUCAAGCACCAUGGUGGAGACGUGGAACCCCACCAAUGGGAACUACAAGAGGACGGCACACCGGUCAUCAGAUAUUAUCCCAACCGGAUGAACUUCCUGCCCAAGCAGCUCGUCCACAAGUUCCCGUCCAUCAUUCAAGAGACACAGAGGAGCAUACUCAUGUCUUGGAAUGAGUACAUCGACGACCCAGACGUCAUGGCGGGACCAUCAGGACUUCGCAUCUUGCAGUUCACGGCGUACCAGUUCCGUGUGUUGGUGCGCAAAGGCACCAAUCCCGACAUGACCACCAUGCCCAACCUAUACCAGCUGUGGCAUUGGGGCUACAUCAAGUUCAGGAGUGUCAACGAAGAGCUCUGGAUCUUCACCCACAACUUUGCGGACCCUCAAACCAUGGCUCGAUUGGAACAAACGUGUGUGCAAUGUCACCGGCUCUGGACAGUUCAGGUUAUGCCCAGUACUGCAGGUCUUGUGCCGAUCCUGCCCAAAACUCAAGACCUCUGCGUGGCCGUCCACAACACCAACCCUCCUUUUCACCAACCUAUGGCAGCCAAAUACAACACCAUCUCCGGCAUCAUGACUUCGCAGGCCGUUAGCAACAUCGUCUUUCGCAAAGUACACGCAGACGUACAGCUACACAGAACAUGGCCCAGCGUGGAUUCGGCGGUUCAAUCGGAUUAUGACGACGAUACCUUUCUUCUACCAGACGAGUGCCCCACCAACAUAUGGACCGAUACACUACAGAAAGUGACCAACACCACCUCCUGGACGGCACCUUCGGAAUCCGACAUCAGGACCAAGCUCACUGUGGACCACAUCUUUCACGACAUGCUUCCCCACAUGGUAUGGACACCCAGAUUCGCAAUACCAUUGACCUCACAGCAGACUCACGCCAUUCAAAUUUCGACCAAGGCGGCACACGUACUACACCGACUGUGGGACCCACUUAUUUUCACCUUCGCAGAUCCAUGCCACGCUUCACAUGGCCACGACACCGGACAUUCCAGUCAACCGAGAUUCACUGAGAAGUUCUACAAGAUCGACACAGAUGGACACAUUCCCAUGAUCGCCAUCCCAGCCAGCAGCAUCAAAGAAGCUCAUGCAGAUUGGGCGUGGUUCCAAUCUCAGCAA